AUGUGCGGCAGUGGAAACGGAGGCGGAAGCAGACGUGGGUGCGGUAGCGGUCACGGACGCGGUGGUGGCCGCGGAGGUACAAAUACCCGCCGGAAGCGCGGGGCGCGCAAAAGGACGGACCAAGGGACGGACGGACGAAUUUCGUAUCGAUAUCCGAAUCAACCGCCACAAUGUCAGCCGCAGCGGCCACUGCUGAGGUCACAGAUGCCGCCACAGCGGCCACCGCUGAGAUCACUGCAACAGCCACCGCCACAGCAGCCACCGCCGCAGCAGUCACAGGCGCAGCAGCCACCGGCGACGGACCAAGGGACGGACGGACGAAUUUCGUAUCGAUAUCCGAAUCAACCGCCACAAUGGCAGCCGAAGCGGCCACCGCUGAGGUCACAGCUGCCGCCACAGCGGCCACCGCUGAGAUCACUGCAACAGCCACCGCCACAGCAGCCACCGCCGCAGCAGCCACUGGCGCAGCAGCCACCGGCGCAGCAGCCACCGCCGCAGCAGCCACCGGCGCAGCAGCCCCCGCCGCAGCAGGGGACGGGAGGUACAAAUACCCGCCGGAAGCGCGGGGCGCGCAAAAGGACGGACCAAGGGACGGACGGACGAAUUUCGUAUCGAUAUCCGAAUCAACCGCCACAAUGGCAGCCGAAGCGGCCACCGCUGAGGUCACAGCUGCCGCCACAGCGGCCACCGCUGAGAUCACUGCAACAGCCACCGGCGCAGCAGCCGCCGCCGCAGCAACCACCGGCGCAGCUGCCACCGGUGCAGCAGCCACCGCCGCAGCAACCACCGGCGCAGCAGCCAGUGCGUGGCGUGGACUUUAAGCGAAGAAAAUUAACGUGA